AUGGGCAACAAGAUGAUGUCUCUUCAGUCCCGAUCUGUGGACUCUUCCAUCUUCAGCACUGGUGGAGAGGAUGAAUGGAUGAAUGAUAAAAAGCUCUAUCGUUUACCUUCAUUGCAACAUUCAUUUGCGAGGAAUCAUUAUCUCUUUGUGGCUCUCUAUCGGAAACGAUCACUGAACAAAUUUACUCCGAUUUUGGAUAUUGAAUUAUGGGAAGAGUGGAUGAUCAUGAAUACCACCACAUCCAAUAAAGAGGUGGUUGAUAAAAAUCAAGACAAGUAUCCCUUUACGAGAUUAAUUGAAAAUUCUGUAUUACCAUAUUUAGGACAAGAGGAAGACAAGGAAGAAUUGAUGCGAAAAUAUUCCAAAGUAUUGAAUAACAACAACACAUGUAAUAACAACCAUCAAAUUCGAAAUCAAGCUCAACAUGAUUCAACGAAUAACGACAUCACUACGAUCGUUGAUCAAAUAACUAGUGAUGACAUCAUCAACGAGAAUAAUACUGUUAACCACCAUAACAUUCCCAACAAUGAAUCUUGGGCAAUGGCGAGAAAUUCUGCUGUGGUGGGUCAUCCAGAGAAUGUACGAGUUGAAGAGUUUCAUUUCAUGCACCCCAAUGAUGAGGAAUCAACAAUUCAUAUUGACGUUGUGACUCUGAAGAGAUCAACAAGUGCGAUGGAUGAGCGACUGUGUGAAGGCGAAUCACACCAAGAUGUCAGUGGUGAUGUGAAAAUUACAUUGGAUGAUAUUGAAAUAAUUGGAGCAGUUUGUGAUGGUGUGAAAUUAGAAAAAAGAAGAUCAUUCAUGACUCAACUCAGAGAAUUGUGUGAACAAUUAUUGAUGGAAUAUUACUCAACUUCAACAAAUUCUUCAAGCUCUUCAUCAUUGAGUGGAUCAACUACGAAAAAAGAAAAGGCAUUGUCGUCCUAUUCAGAUGGUGAAGAUCAAUUCAUGAAAAAGAUGUUUAAACCCAAAGCUUUAGAAUUGAUAAAUGGUGACAAAAUGAGGUAA